AUGGAUAGCGAAGAUAACGCGAAAGCCCAGGUCCGAUCCAUUCUUGGACCAACAAAGGACGCGGAAUUCUUGCAAAGUUUCGUCCGAAUCGGCGUUGGCGAUGAAGAAGAAGAAAUCCCCGUUCCAAAGGCUUCAAUUAGCAAACGAGCCCCACCCACCGCUGAGAAGAACGAAUCCUUCGAAGAUGAUAAGCAGCAGGAGGAUCGAAAGGAAUCUAUUAAGCCUAACAAGAAGAGAUUUAAGCGCAAACCCAAACGAGAGAGACGUGUUCGUCAAGAAGAGUUGUAUACGGAUAAGGAUCGCGCGGCGGCCGUUGUAAUGGGAUAUAAGGAUAUCAAACUUUCCCUUAAUAUGAAGGAUAAAGCAGAGAGAAGUAGCGCAUUGCAGAUACCAGUGGAGGCGGAUGCUGGUACACUAUUGGCUCUCGCGCGAGCUGAAUUGAUGAGGGAACGAUACCGUACCGCGCUUGUGUUUGUGGAUAAGGCUAUAGAGUUGGCUCCGGAAGAUAAAGCGGCCUAUGUAGCGCGUAGUAAGUGCUACUUGCUUCUCGGUGAACCGCGAUCAGCGUUGACAGACGCUGAAACUGCUCUCAAACUAGACCCGAAACACGCAAAGGCACUCCUUCAAAAAGCUGAGGCGUUGUACUAUUGUGGAGAGUUCGAAAUGAGCCUCGUCCAUUAUCAUAGGGGGCUGCGUGCGCGGCCCGAUUUAAGUGAAUUCAGACUCGGGGUUCAGAAGGCGCAGGAAGCAAUAGAAAACACAAUCGGAUCAGUGAAACAAGUGAAGAAGGGCGGCAAGAGGAACAGCAAGCAAUCUCGGCCGAUUCUAGGGCAGUUGAUGUCAGAUAAACUUUACCUCGAAAACCUUCUAAGGAAUCCAGAUCUCGCUAUAGCGGAUAAAAAGAACGAUGUGGUAACGAAACAAGCGGAAGAGGCUAUUCGUUUCUUGGAGAAUCGGGAGGAGUUCUGGAGACAGCAGCAAAGUGCUAACCGACACUAA